AAUAAAAGCAGAGACACAGGAUGCGCUUUUAUUAUUGUAGGGCGCAUGGAGUGUGUGCGGUGGAUAAAUUAAAAACUAUGUCAUAGUAUGUUCGUUUGAACAAAAGUUGGUAAUCGAUUAUAUAAGCAAAAUACAACAAAUAUGAGCAAACGUGCUUUGUAGUGUCGGUAGUAUUGUGUCAGCACUUACGCUAAAUAACCUUAAAACUAAAAUUAUUCGGGGUUUUUUUUGUUGACGAGCCACUGUGAACCUUCCCAGUAUGUUGCAGCGUUAUCUGCAACGCUUGCGGUUUGCGACGAAAACUAAUAUGGUUAAAAAAAACAUCUGUGUUUCGUACUGCACCGUAAAUGGCCGUUAUAGUCACAUUUUAAACGUUAGCUCUGAAGACGACAUUAAGCAGUUUAUUAUAGCAAAUACAGACAUAGUGAGGAGAAAUAAUUUAACCCCAGAAAUCAACUUAAGACUCUUUACUCCAAACUCUAAAUUCUGGCACGCAAAACCAGAAUUGUGGCCGUUCACUGACCCAUACUGGGCUAUUUACUGGCCGGGUGGACAAGCACUUGCAAGGUAUCUGUUAAAUAACCCGGGAGUGGCCCGGGGCAGGAAGGUCUUGGACCUGGGCUGUGGAUGCGGCGCCUCCGCCAUCGCUGCGGAAAUCAGUGGCGCUGUUUACGUCUUAGCUAACGACGUAGAUCCAGUUGCAGCCAUCGCCACCAAACUGAACUGUGAAUUAAAUGGCUUAGAACCCCUCCCCACUGAGACAGAGAACUUGAUUGGCUGUGAGCCCAAGGGUUGGGACCUCAUCCUGCUUGGAGACAUGUUCUAUGAGGAGGUACUGAUUGACAGCCUGCACACCUGGCUUCGGAGCUGCAUCCAGGCCCAUGGCACGCAGGUCCUGAUUGGAGACCCGGGACGGGCCCACCUGGAGAACCACGUGAUUAGGAAACAUCUGUGUCUACUAGCUAACUUUGAGCUUCCUGAAUCAAUUAGGGAAGAGAACUUUGGCCUCACCAACAGCUGCGUGUGGAGCUAUCAGCCAGAGCUAUGACUUUGCCUAAAAAAUGGCGCUAUAUCUAAUAUAUAAUUAUGUCUUAUUUAUUAUAUAAACUGGGUUGUGUGGGUGUUAUCUACCAAAAAACAGGUUGAAUUUCAGUGCAAAAUUCUUUAUUAACACGAACCACUGGGGUGCAUAAAAUGCACAGAUCCAGUUUUGAUAAAACACCAACACACCAAGUUAAUAAAUAUACUUACAAACACCUUUACAAUAAAUAAUACAUAUGGAAUGUAGUACACGUUGCUUCCUCAUACGUUCCCCAGUUUUCCCAGUGAUGUCACAGUAGUGCACAAAGCAGUAACAUUUAAAGAAUCACACUAAACACAUAAUCACAAAAGUCGGACUGCUCUUUACCUCAGCUUUGCAAACGAUUAUUUUUUAAUUGCAGCGAUAUGUACUGAGAACAAACGAAGCACUCCCGGCGUUGAUGUUGGGUCACGUGGCACAUUGUUCAAAGAGAAUGUAUAAAGAUUAAUGGCCACUAGAGGUCCCUGUACAGCUGCAUUAGCGUUUCCUUAACCUAUGACAGCUAAGAGAAGCACUUAAUUUAUAGACGCAAAGGAUUAUAAAUGUACAAAAUGUAAACCCCAUUAUCAAAUAUUCUAACAGCGUAUAAGCAGAUCAUGUAUCACCAUAGAUAAAUGUGCAGUAAUGCAACAUAAAGUCAGGGGCACUUUUGAAACAAAGCUACAUGCUACACUGAAGGAUUGAAAUCACUGCAUAAAACGUGCUGAUUAAGUCAUGAAGCACUUCAGUUAGGGCAUGAAGUAAGACUCAGUGAUCUGUAUUUAAACAAACACGUUUUAAAUGGUUCUAAAUGAAGCAGAUAAUGCUAUUAGUGUGUAACUUAGUGCCGUCAUUCCCAAUAACCACAGCUGUAAGUCGGUCCUGACGACUACACCCCCCUGCCACUUCAGGUACUUUAUGUUAUAUUGAGUUUGUAUAUCCAGUCUGUCGAAUGCAGGCCACCCAGGUGGUAGGUGUUAAAUCAAUAAAGUUGGUUUGUUAGAAUGUUUUGGGACAUGUUAAAAUUGUGUGGAUGUACUGCAAAGAGCAUCCGUUGUCUUUCAGAAUGCAUGCCGCUGUAACGGCAAUCUUCUCAGGAUUUAAUACACCGUCCAUGACACCUGCUGGAUCUUAUCUGGGCCAGUGAGGUUCUGCAGAGCUUCUCUGGAAUGGUCUGACGGGUAGAUGCAGAAGAGAAGAUUUCCAUGUGUACAACAAAAGGGACUAUAAAGGAAACUAUCACAAAAGCUACAAAUUAAAUAAAAAAUUAACCCAGCAAUUCAGGUGGUGAGUGUUAGAGACAAGAACUUGUGACCUGUAGGUCAUGGAUUCAAAUCUCAGGAGACACGCUGCUAUAGCACUGCCAGGUAAACUGGAAUUAGUGCUUAACGGGAAUAACUGCAGUAAAUAAGUAUGACUGGUGCAUAAAUGCUGGUUAUGCAGUGAAAUUCAACCUAAAGACUGGAAAACAAAAUCAGCCACAUUAUGAAAAAACACCUUGUUAGAAUGUUUUGACAGGGACUGAACGGGAUAACGUUACUAAACUAGACCAAAUACGCUUUACUCGCUACGCUUUGUCUUAAUGUUUCAUGAAGUGAAGCGUACCUGUGAUCAAUGGACAGCCAUGGAAGAUGAAGAUCCUGAUGUUGCUGCAGUUGGAAAGGAUCGCCAUCACAGCUCUGUCUGUCAGGAACUGGCAACGUGCCAUCUGCAGCUCCUGGGAGGAAACCACAACCACAGCGUCACCAUCAGUAAGGGCAGCCCAUGGAAACAGCUGUUAAAAUGAAGCUGAUAGGGAAGGCUGCUGUCUGAAAGAGUGUGUUCUCUCCUGAAGCAGCAACCGCAAUCGUUUCUCCGUUAGGAAGAGUACUUGGAAUUCGAUGUAUGGCUUCCGGAUCCAAUGGUUUUAUUCAAGGAUGUGGAAGAAAAUUCCGAAGGAUGGAAGUAAUGUAAUCUUGUUAUUCAUAAAUGAAACGCGUGAAUCAUAAUCAUGGUUGUCGUUGACUGAUUUAAUAACACUGAGAGAUGUUUCGUGGAAAAAUGUAUAGGGCUGUUUAUGCAAAUAUAAUGGAAACUGCUGAUACUUAUGGAGCAGACGUAUAGUCGGUGCUAAAUGAGGUGUGGAAAAGAUAAAUGGAGGUCAACAAAGGAGGAGGAUCAGUGUGAAGAUAAGACCCUACGGUCAAGAGAGAUUUAAUGCAAAAGAUCACUAUUUGAAGAACUGGGAAGCGCUGAAAAAUGGUUGGCAGAGUCAAAAAGUCAGGAGGUGAUCUGGAGCGUGUGGUGAGCUUUGAAAAGUACUGAAAUAGUUUGGGUGCCACUUGCACUUGAGCUGAAGUAAGCAAAUUUAGUUACUAAGGGCUAAAACAAGUUACGGAAUGUAAAGGAAAUCAUUCUCAACGAAUCUAAGUCAGAAAUAUGGAUGUGUCAUGUGUCACUAAAAACGUACAUGACCUGUAACCACUUGUAGUGGAAGUGAAGCACUCUGACAGAGAUCUUAGGUGUGACUCCCUUUGCAUGCAAACUGAAUAAAAGUAACCAGACAUUUAAAGAAA